AUGGCAGCUUUAUCCGGAUGUGUAGUGGGAAAUGGUUUAUCUGUUGGUAAUACAAGAAACACUUUGAGCAAAGAAAUUUACGGGAGGCGGUUGAUCCUAUCCUCACGCCUUCGGCUACUGAAUAAUGCAUCCAAAGUUGAUAAUAUCAGGGCAUCUUUAGAUCAAGAAACCAAAGGAGGAAGAAGAGGCUUUCUGAAAUUUUUGCUCAGUAAUGCCGGACUUGCUGUGCCUUCGUUACUAAGCAGCGACAGAGCCAUUGCUGAUGACCAAGGUGUUUCCAAUUCGAGAAUGUCUUAUUCCAGAUUCCUGGAGUAUCUGGAUAAGGAUAGAGUGAAAAAAGUUGACUUGUUUGAGAACGGAACCAUUGCCAUCGUUGAGGCUAUAUCUCCCGAGCUGGGCAACCGUGUCCAGAGAGUCCGUGUACAGCUCCCAGGCCUCAGUCAGGAGCUUCUUCAGAAGUUUAGAGAGAAGAACAUCGACUUUGCCGCCCACAAUGCACAAGAGGACUCUGGAUCCUUUUUAUUUAACCUAAUUGGAAAUCUAGCCUUCCCUCUACUUCUGAUUGGGGGUCUUUUCCUCCUCUCAAGAAGAUCCUCUGGAGGAAUGGGGGGGCCUGGAGGGCCAGGUUUUCCCCUCACGUUUGGCCAGUCAAAGGCUAAAUUCCAAAUGGAGCCCAACACGGGCGUCACUUUCGACGAUGUUGCUGGCGUGGACGAGGCCAAGCAAGACUUUAUGGAGGUGGUCGAGUUCUUGAAGAAGCCUGAGAGGUUUACUGCCGUGGGUGCUCGUAUCCCGAAAGGAGUUCUUCUGGUGGGCCCUCCCGGUACCGGGAAGACCUUGCUGGCGAAGGCAAUAGCAGGCGAAGCUGGCGUCCCCUUUUUCUCCAUAUCGGGUUCCGAGUUUGUCGAGAUGUUUGUCGGGGUUGGGGCCUCGAGGGUUCGUGACCUUUUCAAGAAGGCCAAGGAGAAUGCCCCGUGUAUCGUGUUUGUUGAUGAAAUUGAUGCCGUUGGACGCCAGAGAGGGACGGGCAUCGGUGGAGGGAAUGACGAGAGGGAGCAGACCCUGAACCAGCUACUGACGGAAAUGGAUGGGUUUGAAGGUAACACGGGCAUUAUUGUAAUUGCAGCCACUAACCGUGCUGAUAUUCUUGAUUCUGCGCUGCUGAGACCCGGAAGGUUUGAUAGACAGGUGACUGUGGAUGUCCCAGAUAUUCGUGGAAGAACAGAGAUCCUUAAGGUUCAUGGGGGCAAUAAGAAGUUUGAUUCGGAUGUUUCGCUUGAAGUGAUAGCUAUGAGGACGCCUGGGUUUAGUGGGGCAGAUCUUGCAAAUCUCUUGAACGAGGCAGCUAUUCUUGCUGGCCGGCGUGGGAAGACGGCCAUCUCGUCAAAAGAAAUUGAUGAUUCGAUUGAUAGGAUAGUUGCCGGAAUGGAGGGAACGGUUAUGACUGAUGGCAAGAGCAAGAGUCUCGUGGCGUACCAUGAAGUGGGUCAUGCCAUCUGUGGAACUCUUACCCCGGGGCAUGAUGCUGUUCAGAAGGUCACCUUAGUUCCUCGCGGUCAAGCACGUGGUUUGACCUGGUUUAUCCCCGCAGACGAUCCAACCUUGAUCUCAAAACAGCAACUUUUUGCCAGGAUUGUUGGUGGGCUCGGUGGACGAGCUGCAGAGGAAAUUGUAUUCGGUGAGCCCGAGGUCACAACUGGUGCAUUUGGUGAUUUACAACAGAUAACUGGUUUGGCCAAACAGAUGGUUGUUACAUUCGGCAUGUCUGAGAUAGGUCCGUGGUCGCUCAUGGACUCAUCUGCCCAAAGUGGUGACGUGAUUAUGAGAAUGAUGGCACGGAAUUCCAUGUCGGAAAAACUUGCCGAAGAUAUUGAUGCUGCAGUCAAGAGGAUCUCAGACGAGGCCUACGAGAUUGCCUUGAGCCACAUACGAAACAACCGUGAAGCUAUGGAUAAGAUUGUGGAGGUUCUUCUCGAGAAGGAGACAAUGACUGGGGACGAAUUCCGGGCUAUCCUCUCUGAGUUUGUCGAGAUUCCUGCUGAGAAUCGAGUAUCGCCUACAGCUGCUGCUGUUGCUGUAUAA